AUGAGUACCACUAAUAAAAGUAAUUUCUUUGUUAGAUGGUUUUUAUCAGAGAAGCCAACCGGCGCCACUGUAUCAGAUUUAAAUUUAAGUUUUAAUCCACAAAUUACUUUACAAAAGUUUAAACGUUAUACUAUUACUAAGAAAGAUGUAUUACAUUAUUCCUUUUUAGGUUCAAUAAUGUUAUUUGUCUUUAUUACAAAUCCUGCUCCUUGGGCUUUAAAAAUAUUAUUUUACUUAUUUUUAUCAACUUUAUUCAUUUUGCCAAUUACUUCACAAUUUUUUUGGAAUGCAUUGCCAAUUUUAACUUGGUUAGCUUUAUAUUUCACUUCUUCAUAUUUUCCAGCAGAAAAAAGACCAAAAAUUACAGUUAAGGUUUUGCCUGCUGUUGAAACUAUUCUUUAUGGUGAUGACUUAAGUGAUAUCUUGGCAACAACAACAAAUACUUUCUGUGAUAUUUUAGCUUGGUUACCUUAUGGUAUUUUCCAUUUUGGUGCUCCUUUUGUUGUAGCUGCUAUACUGUUUUUAUUUGGUCCACCAACUAUUUUAAGAGGCUAUGCAUUUGCAUUUGGUUAUUUAAAUUUAUUCGGUGUUAUCAUGCAAAAUGUAUUCCCUGCCGCUCCACCUUGGUAUAAAAAUCUAUACAAUCUUCAAGCUGCUCAUUAUGGUAUGCAUGGUUCUCCAGGUGGUUUGGCAAGAAUUGAUAAACUGUUUGGUAUUAAUUUAUAUUCUUCUGGUUUUGAAAAUUCUUCUGUUAUCUUUGGUGCAUUCCCAUCUUUACACUCUGGUUGUGCAACUAUGGAAGCUUUGUUUUUCUCAUACUGUUUCCCAAAGCUAAAACCAUUAUUUAUCUUUUACGUUUGUUGGUUAUGGUGGUGUACCAUGUAUUUAACUCAUCAUUAUUUCGUCGAUUUGAUGGCUGGCUCUGUUUUAGCAUAUACUAUUUUCCAAUAUACAAAAUAUACCCAUCUGCCUGUUGUAGAUACCAAUCUGUUUUGUAGGUGGUCAUACAGUUCAAUUGAACAUUAUGAUAUUGCAAAGAAUAAUCCAUUGAAUGCUGAUUCAAAUGAUAUUGAAAGUGUUCCUUUAGCCAAUUUAGAUACUAAUUUCGACCUGAACGGUUUAAGAGAAUCAAGCAGAAGUCCAUCCAUUUUUGACGUUCCUUAUACUUCAAACUCUUCUUCAACUUCGAAUACUUCAUUAAAUGAAUUCAGUGAUGAAUUCCGCAUAGCCUCUCCAAGAUUAGGUAAGAUUAGUAGAUAUGAAUAG